AUGUCUAUUUUGGCAUUGGCAAUGGAUUACGAGAGGAUAGAGAAGGAGCAGAAGAGCAUAAUCUCGCCAUCGAAGCUGCGAAUGAAGCUAAUGGGUCAACACAAUAUCAAGAAGAAAGCAGGAUCUAACAGUAACUCUUCAAGAACAUCUCCUGUUCGUCUUCAGGUUUCGGAUGACGCCGAGUUCUUCAAGAACAGCUUGCUAGCUUCUAAAUCUGAUUCAGACGACUAUGAUUAUGUGGCGGCUUCAGCUACGGAUAUAGUAGUAGCUAAACUGCCAAAUGCGCCGGUUUUGGACCUAACCGAGAACGAUAACCAAGCCUCGAGGCAUCGGAGUGAAGGUCUUAUGAGAGAAAACAACGAUCAAGCGAGACCUCAGCAAUACAGAAAAGGUGACUUGAGUAUCGCUCUUAGACCUCAAGAAGAUGAAAAUCUUGAUUAUGACAGUAACGCUAGCUCAUCAAGCUUCGAGUUUCACGGUGUUCGUGGUGAGCGUUCGAAUCAGAACCGAGCAUACCCUUCAAGACAAAUGCCAUCCAAAUGGAAUGAUGCUGAGAAGUGGAUAAUGAGCAGACAGAACUUGGUGCUGAGGAAGAACGGUCAAGGGAACCGCAUGCCCGUGAGGGUUGUGCCUGAGAACACAGGUUACGAGCAUAACAAAUCAAGGAUGGAUCCGUGUCAAUCCUCACAGAUUGUUGCGUUCGAGAAGUUCCCUAAUAAUCAAGGUUAUGGAGGAAACUCGUUGAUCGAUCAAUCCACACAAAGCAAUGAUCUUGUGGACACAACAAAGGAUUCAUCACGCAACGAGUCAACAGCUGGUCCUGUGAUUCGUUCUGUAUGUAUGAGAGAUAUGGGAACCGAAAUGACGCCAAUACCGAGUCAAGAACCUUCAAGAUCUGUGACACCAGUUGGUGCAACAACUCCUCUUCGCAGCCCGGCUUCGUCUCUGCCUUCUACUCCUAGAGGAGGCCAACAAGAAGAGUCUUGUUUGUCACAAGACCCGUCGAGAAACACAGGAAGAGAACUAUCCGAGGAGGAAAUGAAAGCGAGGACGAGAAGAGAGAUAGUAGCUCUCGGAGUUCAGCUAGGGAAGACGAACAUCGCAGCUUGGGCAAGUAAAGAAGAAGAGGAGAACGGUCACAACAGAGUAGAUGCAGAGGAGACGAAGAGGAUUGAGUUUGACAAACGAGCGACUGCUUGGGAAGAAGCAGAGAAAUCAAAACAUAAUGCAAGGUAUAAGCGUGAAGAAAUCAGAAUCCAAGCUUGGGAAAGUCAGGAGAAAGCCAAACUCGAAGCAGAAAUGCGACGUAUUGAGGCGAAAGUUGAGCAGAUGAAAGCUGAAGCUGAAGCAAAGAUGGUGAAGAAAAUCGCGAUGGCUAAGCAAAGGUCGGAAGAGAAAAGAGCUUCAGCGGAAGCUAGAAAAGCAUGUGAUGCCGAGAAGGCAGCAGCUGAAGUCGAAUAUAUCCGGCAAACCGGUCGAAUACCGGCUUCAGGUUACAAGAUGUGUUGUGGCUGGUUCUCAUGA